AUCGAGCACAUGGCGGAGGAAGCGGAGGCGGCAAAGUAUGGCGCCUUCCUGUUCGACAAUGGUGCAAGAUACGAGGGAUCGUAUAUCAUGAAGGACGAGCAAACAGAAGGUGAAGCGGAGCCAACAAAGGUGAUGGUGAGGAACGGAGUUGGCAUAUACAAGCUUGAUGGCAACAUCUACGAGGGAGAAUGGGUUGCAGACAAGAUGCAUGGCCACGGGGUGUUCAAGUUCAUGGAUGGAAGCAAGUAUGAUGGGGACUGGGUAGACAACGAGUUCCAUGGUCAGGGGAAGUAUCAGUGGUCGACAGGAGCAUACUACAUGGGAGCUUGGGAGAAGAACAGGAUGCACGGACAAGGCACUUUCGUUGAUGACACAGGGAGGGAAUGGAAGGGGAAGUUCUUCAACGGACAAGGGCCGGGCCUGCACACUCUGCCGAAGCCGAAGCAGCAGGCAGUGAACGGAAGUUGAGGAGAGGGUUGGAAGGUCGAGGAAGGGAAUCGACAUGCUUUCGGGAGAGGAGAUAGGAGGAAAGAGUGGAGGGUAAAUGGAGGACGUGGAGAUAUCGAGUGAUGAAUGCAAGGAGGAGGGGGGUAUGAAAAACACAUACUGU